CAGAACGUGUUCUCUAUACGAGUAUCUUAAUAAUUUGCAAGCAUAGUUGUUUGAUGUCCGAAGUGCUAUGAAUGCACCAUCGAGAUCAAAUGAGGAACUAAGCUAAAUAAAAUAGAAGCACAAACUUGUUUUAUUCUAAUCAAAUCGGCCUGUUUACUGCUCAAGAGCCAUUCUCUGGAAGAUAACUUCAUAUCCCACAAUUCCUACUUCCGCAACCUAGCAGGGCAUGUUGACUAGCGAGAAAAAGUGUGCGUUCCUGCCAUAAGUAGCAGUGAUGGAUGGAGAAGCCCAAAGGGCGACUGUGUCAUGGGAGAAUGGUACUCUGGCUCCUGGGGACCGCCUUCGCUGCGAGAGGGCGGACAGCCCUACACCAGGUCUGGUGGAGGGAACUGAACCAGGUGCCGGUCAGAAGAGUGCUAUGUUUGUCCACGCACAGUCUUUCGAGGAUCUGACUGCUGAGGAAGAGGUUGGGAGGGAGGCUGAACUGGACAAAUCAGGAGAGUGCACAGAAGAGCUCAAGGUGAUGGUGGGGGAGGAAACCAUCGAGGAGCAACACAACAACGACAUUUCAUCGGAGAGUACGACUAAGGAGGAAGACGUGUUGAGUGAGGCAUGGAGGAGCCACAGAAAACACGUGUUUGUGCUGAGCGAGGCUGGAAAGCCAAUCUACACCCGCUACGGCACGGAGGAGGCUCUGUCCAGCACCAUGGGGGUGAUGAUGGCCCUUGUAUCCUUUGUUGAGGCUGAGAAGAACAUCAUUCGUUCCAUCCACGCAGAUGGCUGUAAAGUGGUUUUCCUCGCUAAGAGCCCUCUGGUCCUGGUGGGCGUGUCUCGUACCUGCCAGUCAGACAAGGAGCUGCUUCGGGAGCUGCAGUACAUCUACUACCAGAUCGUCAGCCUGCUUACCCUCACCCAGCUCAACAACAUCUUCCAGCACAAGCAGAACUACGACCUGCGCCGCCUGCUGGCCGGCUCCGAGUAUCUCACCGACAACCUGCUGCAUCGGCUGGACCGAGACCCCGGUCUGCUGCUCAGCGCCGUUACCUGCCUGCCUCUGGCCAGCUCCGCCAGGGACGUGGUCUCAUCGAGCCUACAAGCCGCCAAAGCCAAAAACCUGGUGUUCUCCAUCCUGCUGGCGGGGGACCGCCUAGUUACUCUGGUGAGAAAAAAGGACCAGUUCCUGCACCACAUAGACUUGCACCUGGUCUUCAACCUUGUUGGCUCCUCCUCGUCGUUUCGAGAGGGUGAAGGCUGGACACCGAUCUGUCUGCCAAAGUUCAACACUGCAGGAUUUUUCCACGCUCACAUUUCUUACCUGGAGCCCGCGUCCCAGCUCUGCCUCAUCCUCGUCUCAACCGACCGAGAGGACUUUUUUAACAUGUCCGACUGCAAGCAACGGUUCAUGGAGAGGCUGAGCAAGCGCAGUGCCUACCAGGCCCUGAAGGAGGCGCUUAAAUGUCCCAGCUAUUCUGUGGAGCAGGUCGGCAUCCCGGAGCUCAGGCACUUCCUGUACAAAUCGAAGAGCUCAGGGCUGUACACCAGUCCAGAGUUUCCUGCAGUGUACCAGUCUGAUAAAGAGCAGGAAAGGCUGAUGGGAUUGUACCAGGACCUUCACAGCAACUUGCAUCAUCCAACCAGACCUCUCCGCUCCUUCUACCGCUGUAGUGAAACUGAAAACCUGCUGGCGUGGGUGACAAGUGGCUUCGAGCUCUACCUCUGCUUCAGUCCGCUGGGGACCAAGGCCUUGGCCGUCUCUGCUGUCAGCAAACUGCUGAAGUGGAUCAGGAAGGAGGAGGAUCGCCUCUUCAUCCUGAGUCCUCUCACAUACUGAGCCCUUCGCUGCCGGCUGACCUCCUGAAACAUAACGCGACACCCUGGGCACCGACGGCCCCGGUGCUAACGACAGCUGUGGAUGAUGCAGCAGUCAGUUCAAUGUUCACUAAUGAUUGUCAAAGCUAGGCUUUUUUUGGUUCUGGGUUCCACUGAUCUAAUUCACAGAUUUGCGAUGAAGCAGAUUGUAAGUUAAAGCUGUAUUUUAUCUGGCUAUAUUUUUUUAUAACUUUAAAUUUGGAUAACAACAACAGAUGGAAGCAGCAUCGGCAUCAGCGAUGACGCAAUAACAACAUAAACAGUGGUGUUCGUAUGCUGUUUAAGUUGUUUAAUAAAUAAUUGUUUUACUGUAACAGACCUAUUAUGCCUCUCAGAAUAUGAAAAAUGCUGUCUAUGUUUUUUAAAAUGCUAUCAGCUCAGCUCUUAAAUAUCAAGAAUACAAAUUGAAUUCAAAUACUGACCUGCAGUAGAAUGUAAUCUCUUGUUACAAGACAUACUGUCAAAAUACAGGGUAGCCACAUUCCUGUUGUGUUUUAUCUUCACGUGAUGACCAAUAACUGUAUGAACCACUGACAUUUUACCUCUAUGCACUUUCUUUAUGCAAAAGGCACUCCAAGAGAUAUGUGUUCAUGAGUCUGCAACCUUUAUUAGUGCUGACAGCAGUUUGUGUUAACAUGUGUUGUUAAUGUCAGUGUAAAUGUAAGUCCAUUCAUCUUCCAAUCUCCAUUACAAUUUCCCUUUAGACAUUUGUGUUUAAUUUACCAUAAUAUGCAUAUUCAGUAAGAAAAGUAUUGUGUGAAAUUGUAUCUGCUUGUGUCUAAUCAUAAAGGUUCCCUGUAUUCCAUGGGAUCUUGCUUUGCUUAAGGAACCCAACGUUGCCACAUCUGCCUCCACUAAUCAUGCCUUAACUAAUGGUCAUUGUGCAAAACCAAUAUAAGGUUGUACAGUGCACAUGUAUGGCUGCUGCACAAUUCCAGAAUUAUUAUAUAUAAAUAAAUAAAUGACAAGUAACAAAACAGA